UUGAAUGAUUCAGCGACGCGAUCCGAAGCCGGAACAACCCACAUCCCAACGGUACGCACCGAUGAUGGACAUACGAGCAGAAGAGAAUAACCAACCUGUCAUUAUUCUGUCAAAGCACCGCUGUGAGGGACACUUUUGGUUGUUGUUGUUGUUGCCUCGUCCUGAAAGAUAACUCACUGAGAAAGAGAAAGUACUAUUCUUCGUCUGGCAGCACCGGUGCAGUGACCAAGAAGUCCUGAAUAGUGUUUAGUGGUGGGAGGCAACAGGAAAACAAAUUCCACCUAGCUAAAGGGAAAAAGAAGAGGCACAAUGUCCAUCAAACUAUUAUCCGAGCGACUGUUGAAGAAUGACGAGACGCUGACUUGGUUGAGUCUAACCAACAAUGAGAUUGGUACCCCCCUCCCCGAACUGACUCAGGCCCUGCUUCGGAACAAUACUUUACGCAAAGUUUCUUGUCAUGCGGGCUUCUUGGGCAGUUUGGCGGAGGAAGACUUGGCUCUACUGUUGGAGACAUUGAGUCAGUUGUCACAUUUGCAGGAUGUCUGGUUGGCCCUUCCAACAAGACAGGCAUGGCGCUCGAGUUCUGUACUCAAGACUAUUUUGGGUUCUCCGAAAAUGGUAGCAUUACAGAAAUUGACACUGAGGGGUAUGGAUGAUAAUGGAUGUCAAGUGCUAUCUGAGGCUCUCUUAACACCAGGAUGUUCCCUGACUGACCUUCAAAUUCGUGGAACUACUAGCUCUUCGUCACCCAACAACUCAAAUGGAAAUAACAAUGCACCUUCCAGAGCAACCAAAAAGGGCAUUUUGGACAUUGCCGAAAUGAUAAAAGUCAACAGAACGCUGGAACGUUUGGAUUUAUGCUACAAGGGACUCGACAUGGAAAGCUGCCAAGCCAUGGCUCAGGCGCUGGAAAUCAAUCAGAAGUUGCAAAAGCUUGAUCUAUCCAUUCCAACUAGCAAUAAUCCGCAGCGAGAUGCCAGAGGGAAAGCAUCCUUGAGUGGUGGCAUGAAAGCAUUGGCCCAAUCCAUGAGAAAGAAUUUUUCGCUCGUUCACUUGAAUACCCCCGCGGAAGGAGACUCCAAAACCAUGAUGGAUCUAUUCACCAAACUCAAUCGCACGGGGGUCCGGGCUUUGAUGCGGAACGCCACGGCGGGCCAUACUGGGCUAGAGGAUGUUCUGGAGGUUUUGCAAGACAACAACAAAGAUAUCACCCCUCUCUAUGAAAUCCUUGCCCUGCACCCGGCUCUUUGGGAUCCUGCCAAAGCCAACGUCAAGGGCCUGGCAUCCAAUGAACAAGAGACCCAAGGUGUUUCCGUCAAGCGCAAGAAAGAUUGUGACAACGCCCAUAAUCCUUCGGACACGAAACAGGGUCCUUCCAACUGGAAUAACAAGAAAUUAAAGCCCGUCAUGGCCCGAUGGGAUGUGGAAAAAAUUUCAACACAAGAGCGUGAAAAGGUCAAGAAUUUCAAGCGGUGGACACCAACCAUUGUUGAUCAUCCUGUGGUAGUGGUCCAGCCCAGACCAAGAAGUGCCCGCAGGGGUCGUGAACCGGUUGAGUCUGCCAACGCCACGGCAGAGCCAUCUAGUAGUGCCCCGGUCGUAGACACUGUUGCCAAGCCUGUCGUUGGGGAAACACCCGAGUCAGAAAAGGCUCCUGCGAAGAAGCAGUCAGCCUUGCCGCCAACAGAGACGCGUGAGGCGAAGUCAUCGCCUGACACACCAUCACCCUCAAGCUCACAAAUGAAGAAAAGGCCAGCAAAUGGUUCCAAGAAGAUUUCUGGAUUUUCGUUGUCGGCCAAAAAACAACCAGCUGCUCGGCAAACAGGGAAAUCCUGCGCAAGAUCGUCUAGAAAGCCGAAGUCAUCGCCCGACACAAGGCCAGUACAUGUAGCUGAUCCUGGCCCACAACCAACAAAACGGCCAGCAAAUAAAGUCAAGAGGAAGACACGAUGGUUGUCAGCCAGAAAACAAUCGGAUGCCCAGCAGACACAAGGAAACGACAAUGCCAAUCAGUUCGGUGAGCCGAAGUCUCCGCCCAAUUCGCCAUUGGUCGAUCCUGGAUCACAAAGCACAACUAGAAGAACCAAUUCCUCCAAAAAGAAGUCAGGAUUAUGGUCAGCCAGAAAGCAACCAGUGGCCCAGCAAAUCCCGGGAAGAUCCAGAGUCGAUCACUCCUGGAAGCUAAAAGCACCACCUGACCAAGUGUCAUCCGUACCAGUGGUCCGUAGAGGCUCGCAAAUGAGCAAGAGAGCAAUGGCCGAGGUUCGUGAAGAUGAUGACAGCUAUAACGAAAAUUCGAAAUCUCAGAAAACCCCAACGGCAUCCGAGGCUCAAGCCCCGGCUUUCACAAGCCCAGUCACGACUGCUUCCUUCUUCAACCCUCCAAGUGAUCAUGCCAGAGCUUCAUUCCCUCCUCCGAACUCCGCUUCCGAUGAACGAACCCCCGGGGUCGAUGAACCGCUUCUUAAUAAUUACAAACCCUCCAAGGGUUUCGGCAACGAAUUCUAUGUUGCUGAUGCCGGUGCUGAUGAUCUUUUUGACUCAGAACUUGACACCACGUUUCUGCCCCGAUCAGCCUGGUCUCGACUGAAACCCCCAAAGAAGAGGGCAGGUCUGAAAGACCCAGGCGAUCUUGAGCUCAUCUCCGAAAGCGAAACAUCUGAGUCGUCAAGAUCUGAGCGAUCCACGGUGGCACAGAUGUCCUCGCGUACGAGGAGGGUACCUGUAGCGAAAAUGACCAGAGAUACAAGUGACAACGCUUCAACGCUAACUGCAAUUACUGGCGCAGUAGCUGGAGUUGCGAAGAAAGGAACUUCUUGGUUCCGUCAUCUUGUCAACGACGGCAACAACUUGCAGCACGAAUAGGUGGCGCUAGAGAAAGAAUUCCAAGAGUUACAUACAUACUUUCUUUUAAAAAGGCAAUGCAUCAAUCAGCAUCAAGUAGUCUACCUGUCCUGACGGGAGCUUAGCAGGACCAAUGCCCCCUUCCUGACCUGAUCCCUGCAGUGGCGGGUAUGGUUGGGUGACAAGUCCAUCUUGUCAAGCUUUUGGCGCAGUAGAAAUCUUAGCAAUAACAACUAUUAAUCACUUCAGGAAUUUGAAGCCUUCCCAUCU